AACGCACGCGCACAGGGCGGGCCGGCGAUGGCCUAUUGAGUACAAGUUGCCCAAGAAACUGACAUCUACAUCGGUGUACCAUUUAUUUACCUAUAUAAAAAUACCAAGAUUCUUUAAGUAUUAGUCGUAUAAGAGAUAUGAAUGAGGACCACUUCGUUCUCUCUCGAGGUCCUGGCCCUGCUGUUCCUGACGCUGAUCCCUUGGCCGGGACCGUCGGUCUUCAAGAUCACCUGCUCACGUGACAACUCCAAAAUUGUGCGGAAGGUCAUCCAAAACAAAUGGCUCCCCGUUUUAGAAAGGUUCCAAGUAAAGCUGCCGCUGGAGUGCCCGUUCCACCCCGCGCGAGACAUAUUCGCGCCGCAGCACGACGCCAAGACGCAGCACCGGCCCUCGCAGUGGACCUGCGCCUUCUGCGGCAAGUCCUUCUACGAGGAGCGCCACCUCGACACACAUUUCGACCAGCGACACAAGAACCAGAUUAACAGGGCGGAGGACGCAGUAUGCCUAGCGGAGUACUGCGAUAUAAUGCGGUGCCAAGUUUUGGUAGCGCAUGGGCUGCUAAACGGCGGUGGCGGGCCUAGCACGGAUAUGGAAGUGUGGCAAGAUGCAGAGGCGGCGCGUAAGGCGCUAGCGCCCGCUGCUCCGAGGUCUGUGGCCCGUGUCCCGGCGCGGAGACGCCGUCCGCGGGUCGUUCAACCGCAGCCUGUGAGGGACUGCCCGUCGACUGAAGUUGAUCCUGAUAUUUUAGAGCCAGAAGAGAAACGCACAGAGGACAGCGAAGGCGACGCGAAUCAGACCUCUGAGCUGUGCGACGCAGACACGGUGGAGUCUUCUCUGCCACCCGACAGCAGGCAGCGGCGACUGGCCGACCUACAGGCGGAGCGUGCUGCUUGCGACCCCGCGCGUCUUCAGCUACUUAAAGUGCGCUGCGAGCGAGUGGUUCAUUCCUGCAUCGCCACUUUGUUGUUGCAUCUCACGCAGCACCAGUUUACAGAACUUGAAGACGAGAUGCAGCGCGCCGUGUGCUGGUACCUGAGCUGCGACCGCUACUGGGAGGACACGGCGCCCACCGCGCGCGCCUUCCCCUGGCCGCUGCUGCUGGCGCUAGCCACCGGGCUCGCGUUGGCGUUGUGCAUGUGCUAUUACAUCAUCUGGAUCGUGUUCGAUUCUGAGGAAGGCAGCGUGGCGGGCAGCGCGUCGGUGUCGAUGACGACGCACUCGUCGCCCGCGCGCGCCGAGCGGCUGGCCGCCGAGGAGGCGCUGCUGGACGACCCCGACCACGACGACCACUACAUCUACGUCACCUACCCGCCCGAGCUCAAGCGCCGCCUGCUCGAGAGCUGCUACAAUAGAACAACUCGCCUCUGAGACCCGACGUGUCCACCUUAUUUCGUCGUGCAUGCACCUUAUUUCUAUGAAGAAAGUAGAUUAUUAGUAUGUAGAUAUUAUUAGUAAUACUCAGGAAUUUACCCAAUAGCGUCACCCAUUCAUACCACAAAAAGAG